UAUUAGCAUACUGAAAUAAAGGCCCCUAUUUGUAUAAAGUCCUUAUUUGAAGAAGGAAUUGAAGAACCCAGCGUGCCUGGCUUGGAAGAAAGAAACCUCUUUUAGAAUGAGGUUGUUUGGAACAUAUAAUGUGUAUCAGCUGAAAACCCACAGAUCUCUUAGGAUGCAUUUGGGCAAUUUCAUUGGAAAAAAAUUUAAACACACUCCCUUUACAACAGUCAGUUGUGACACUGUUAACAUUUUGGUCCAGAUAAUUCUUUGUUGUAAGGGCUGUCACCUAUGGCAUCUACUAGAUGUGUAAGCAGUGCUCCCAACUGAGAACAACUGCUUUGUGUAAUCACUUGACACUAAUAUCAACAACCAGACGUUGAAAGCCCACCGUAUUAUUAGGUGAUCAUUUAGAUGAUCCAGGAUAUACUUUAAAAAAAAUUUUUUUUGGCUGCACAGGCUCUUCAUUGUAUACUGUGGACUUUCUCUAGUUGUGGCGCAUGGGUUUCUGUCUUGUGGCACAUGGGCUCUAGGGCGUGUGGGUCAGUAGUUGCAGUGUGUCAUGCAAUGUCAUGCAGUCCCUCCAUGACAUGUGGGAUCUUAGUUUCCUAAUUAGAGAUUUAACCCACCUCCCCUGUAUAUUGGAAGGCAUAUUCUUAGCCACUGGACGGCCAGGGAAGUCCCGAUCCAGGAUAUUCUGAUGAUCAUUUUAAAUCUUGAAAGACAAAAUUGGAAAAAUUUCGUGGAAAAGAAAAAAUGUGCCCUUCUCACCCUACCUCCAGAUUAAGAAACAACAUAGCAAAUCUUAAUCACUGAAGGGACCUCUUCUCUUAUUAAUAGUUAAGAAGACUAAGGUUCUGCCAGCUAAAGAAUGUCACUCACCAUCUGGCUCUAUAAGGAUUAAGUCAUUAGCCACUGCAGUCACUGACCUUCAACACACCUUGAAGGGAGUUCAGGGUGGAGAUCAGAAACAAGGCACUCUGUGCUCUGGAAAAAUUGGGAGAAUAGGACUUCAUGUGGAUAUUUUCAGGAGAUUUAUGAACCUAGUUUCCUGCAUCUUUCCAUACUUAGAAAAACACUAAAAUCAUUAAGAUACCUGUGCUUUGUCACCAAAAACACCCCUCUACCAACUUGUGCUUUAUGGCACAUACCCCUUCUCCAAAAUCAUAGAUGUGCUAUGCCUUCCCCCCAACCUCUUCACAUCACUUCCUCAGAGCUGAGAGACUGUCUCAUUGACUACAGUCCUCAGUAAGCCCUUGAAUAUAACAAACACAGCUCUCACCUUUUUAUUUAUUCGUAUUAUUUCAUUUGACAGUUCUCAGGCGACCAGUCCACAGUGCAAAGAUUAAUAAGUAGCAGGAUGAAGGCUAAAGGUGCAGGAAAUCUCAUUCCGGGGUUUUUCAAUACAUGCAAGCCUCACCCUUAACACAUUGGUACUCAGCAGCUAUUGUCAACAAAGGGUAUGUAGAUUUAUUCUGUGCAAUUCCAUGGACCAAAACUAGGUCAUGCCGAAACUCAACUCAAUUCCAACCCCUUCUAAGGGAAAACGUUCAAGUAAUACGUCAGAGUAUAAUUAAGGGAGAAAAAAUAACUUGAUACAAACACACAAGUGAUAGAAACAGCGAAUACUUUGGUGGACAACACUCCCUUGACAAAACACUAAAUCGCAGCCGACAUUGCUAAAAAUAUAGAAAAUCUAAGACUUGCAUCAAUGACGGAUGGAAUUCUACUCAGAAACAGGACUCACUCAGGCCCGAAAUAGCCAUGACCAGCCCUAGAAUUGUCUGUGCCUUCCAGUACCAGCAGAGUUGUCCAGAGCACUCUUGCCAUAGCCAAAAAAAAUCUUAAGUGGUACAACCGCCUGGUAGGAGCAGAUUCCACCACUUGAUUCCGCAGCGAUUGUCCGCUGCCUCUAGGAGGAGGAAACUACAACUCCCGUCAGACAACGCGAACUGAGGCGGGGCGGCUCUGACCAAUAACGACUGUCGUUACAGCGAACAGUUUGGCCGCGUUUGUAAAAGGCCGCGGCAGGCGAAGAGAGAGGAGAACCUGUGAAAAAUGGAACCAAACUCUCUAAGGACCAAAGUUCCAGCUUUCUUAUCUGAUCUGGGGAAGGCCACGUUGAGGGGGAUCAGAAAGUGUCCCCGAUGUGGCACAUACAAUGGAACCCGGGGACUGAGCUGUAAGAACAAGACAUGUGGAACCAUUUUCCGGUACGGUGCCCGGAAGCAGCCUAGUGUUGAAGCUGUCAAAAUCAUCACAGGCUCCGAUCUGCAAGUCUACUCAGUGCGGCAAAGAGACCGGGGCCCUGAUUACCGAUGCUUUGUGGAGCUAGGUGUUUCAGAGACAACCAUCCAGACGGUGGAUGGGACCAUCAUCACUCAGCUGAGUUCUGGCCGGUGUUAUGUCCCCUCAUGCCUGAAAGCUGCCACCCAGGGCGUUGUGGAGAACCAGUGCCAGCACAUCAAGCUGGCAGUGAACUGCCAGGCGGAGGCCACCCCUCUGACUCUAAAGAGCUCGGUCCUAAAUGCCAUGCAGGCCUCCCCAGAAACCAAGCAAACCAUCUGGCAGUUGGCCACGGAACCCACAGGUCCCCUUGUACAGAGGAUUACUAAAAACAUUUUGGUGGUGAAAUGCAAAGCAAGCCAGAAGCAUAGUUUGGGGUAUUUACAUACAUCCUUUGUGCAGAAAAUCGGUGCCAAAAGCUUGCCUGAACGCCGUUUCUUCUGCUCCUGCCAGACUCUAAAGUCACACAAGUCGAAUGCUUCCAAGGAUGAGGCGGUCCCAAGAUGCAUUCAUUUCUUUGCUUGCAUCUGUGCCUUUGCCAGUGACGAGACAUUGGCUCAGGAAUUCUCAGACUUCCUAAACUUUGAUUCCAGCGGUCUAAAGGAGAUUAUUGUGCCCCAGUUAGGUUGCCAUUCAGAAUCACCAGUAUCAGCUUGUGAGUCUACGGCCUCUAAGCCAAAGAAGAGGAAAAAGGAGGAAGUAUCUGGUGCACAGACAAACAGUUCCCUGCUACCUCCAGAUGCAGUGAGCAGUAAUCUAAGGAAAAGUGGCCUGAAAAAGCCUGUGGUUGCUUCUUCAUUAAAAAGGCAGGCCUGUGGUCAGCUGUUAGAUGAGGCACAAGUGACCUUAUCCUUCCAAGACUGGCUGGCCAGUGUCACAGAACGCAUCCAUCAAACCAUGCACUAUCAGUUUGAUGGCAAACCAGAGCCACUGGUUUUCCACAUUCCUCAGUCCUUUUUUGAUGCCCUGCAACAGAGAAUAUCCAUCGGCAGCGCAAAGAAACGGCUUCCCAACUCUACCACAGCUUUUGUUCGCAAAGAUGCCUUGCCACUGGGAACCUUUUCCAAGUAUACCUGGCAUAUCACGAAUAUCCUGCAGGUUAAACAAAUCUUAGACACCCCGGAGAUGCCUUUGGAAAUCACCCGGAGUUUUAUCCAGAACCGAGAUGGGACCUAUGAGCUGUUUAAAUGUCCUAAAGUAGAAGUAGAGAGCAUAGCAGAAACCUACGGUCGUAUAGAAAAGCAACCAGUGCUGCGACCCUUGGAACUAAAAACUUUUCUCAAAGUUGGCAACACUUCCCCAGAUCAAAAGGAGCCAACACCUUUCAUCAUCGAGUGGAUCCCAGAUAUUCUGCCCCAGUCCAAGAUCGGUGAACUUCGAAUCAAGUUUGAGUACGGGCAUCACCGCAACGGGCAUGUGGCAGAGUACCAGGACCAGCGGCCGCCCUUGGACCAGCCCUUGGAACUGGCGCCUCUGACCACCAUCACUUUCCCUUGAAGCAAAACAAAGAGUCUUGCUGCUAAAUUUGCACAUCCCCACCCUUUGACAACUUUAAAUACUAGUUAGAUACUUAGAUGGCUCUGUUCCUUAGUGAACUACUCUUAGCUAAGAUGCAGCUUCUCAGUGCAUUCAAGUGAAUUCUUUUGAAGAAAAACUCUUCUUGUAAAUAGCCCUUUUGGUGCUGCUGUGUAUAGCCUUCAUUUAACUUGGAUGAUAUUCCUGGGUAGAGUUUUUAAAGAAACAAAAAGAAAACCAGCUCACUUACCUUCCUGAAGGACUCACCUUUAGAGUUUGUUUCAACCUUUUCCUAAUUCUCUAAGAAGUCAGCAGCACUCCACCUUAUACUAACAUGUUGGAAAAUUAAUACCUUGGUUAGGGCAAAAUGUUGAAGAUCAUCCUGACAGAGUUCCAAUCAUAUCCUUUUAUUCUCUUCUCAAAUAAUGCACAGUGUCACUAGUUUUUAUAAAUUAUAUCUUGUGUUGGUCUAAUUAUAAAAUUAUAAACCUUUUGGGAGAAUUAGGUGAUAGUGAACCAGGAAAAAGAGAUUCAGGUGUCAAGGCAAUAUUGAUUGACGUUUCAAACUAAUGCUUGUAAUUGCUUGUUCACUUGAUUUUUACUUCCUUCUUUACUCUCCAAAAAGCUUAACAGGUGGUAAAAUUCAAUUUCUGUUUUUUAAUUCAUUGAUCACAGAAUGGAGAUACUGAAAGUCACAGAAUAGAAGCCUGCCUUUAAGGAGAAAAGAAGAGAAUGGAACAUUUCCUAUUUGCCUAUUACAUCCCAGGCAUUUUCAUUUCCAGUCUCACUUAAUCAUUUUUCUUAUUUAGUCCUCAUCAUUAUUUGAGUUUAGCCACCACUCCUUCUUUUAUAAAGUUAAACAGUCUCUCUGAGAUUAAGUAUCAUACUGGAAAUAGCAUUAAAAAUGUUUCAUUUUA